UCAAACCUCAAUCUAUGAGAGGAGAGCCAGUGCGCGAGCGCGAGCUCAGUUUAUUAACGGCGCCGCACCGAUAACCACGCUGAAGCCGCCCUCCUGUAGCAUCUCCCGGUUUCUCAAUCACACCCCAGUUCUCGGGAAAGAUGGUCGCGGUGGAAACAUCCCCCAACUCGUCUCCUUCGGCUGAAUGGGUCGGCUGUCUGGAUAAAAGGCCUGCGGAGCGUUCUGGAGAGGAUGUGGAUAUUAUUCUGACCAGACUUAAAGGGGUUAAAGCCUUCCAGAGGUUCCACCCCUCCCUGCUGCUGCAGAUCUGCUCCUGUGCCUUCUACGAAUACCUGGAGAAAGGCAUCACCUGGAAGUAUACGCACACACACUCUCACACAUUGACACACUCACUCAGUGGUAUGAACCCCUGGGUAAAGGCAUCACCUGGAAGUAUACACACACACACACUCUCACACACUGACACACUCGCUCAGUGGUAUGAACCCCUGGGUAAAGGCAUCACCUGGAAGUAUACACACACACACUCACUCAGUGGUAUGAACCCCUGGGUAAAGGCAUCACCUGGAAGUAUACACACACUGACACUGACUCAGUGGUAUGAACCCCUGGGUAAAGGCAUCACCUGUCCUUCAUUGGCUUUCAGCUUCACUAUGACUCGUCACUAUACUGUUGACCGCUUUAUGAAGGCUUAUAAGCUGUUAUGUGAUGGUGGUAUGCUCUGUGCAGUGUUCCGCCAGGGUGACAUCGGGACUAGCUGGUAUGCUGUUCUGUCUGGUUCUCUGGACGUCAAGGUGUCGGAAACAGCCAACCACCAGGAUGCUGUCGCUAUCUGCACGCUGGGAAUCGGGACGGCGUUUGGAGAGUCGAUUCUGGAUAAUACUCCUCGCCACGCCACCAUCGUCAGCAGAGAGACCAGCGAAUUGCUCCGCAUUGAACAGAGAGAGUUCAAGAGCCUAUGGGAGAAGUACCGUCAGUGUAUGGCUGGACUUCUGGCCCCUCCAUAUGGAGCCAUGGAGAGUGGAUCCAACAAUGAUCGGCUGGCAGACAAAGACAGUCUAGGUUCCAAUACUCUCAGCCUCCUGAACAAGUCUCUCAACAAGGUUCAGUCAGAGAGGCUGCAGCGAGGGGGGAAGGUGAUGCGGAACGCCAUCCUCUCCAGAGCACCCCACAUGAUCAGGGACAGGAAGUACCACCUCAAGACAUACAGGCAGUGUUGUGUAGGUACAGAGCUGGUAGACUGGCUGGUGCAACAGAGUACCUGUGUACACACUCGCUCUCAUGCUGUAGGGAUGUGGCAGGCUCUGCUGGAGGAGGGAGUACUGAACCACGUGGACCAAGAGUUGGGUUUCCAGGACAAGUACCUGUUCUACCGUUUCCUUGACGACGAGGAGGAGGACACCCCGUUGCCUAGCGAGGAGGAGAAGAGAGAGAGUGAGGAAGAGCUUCCUGAGACCAUCCUCUUCCUUGCCCAGAUAGGACCUGACGCCCUGCUGCGCAUGAUCCUCCGCAAACCUCCUGGUCAGAGGACAGGUGAUGAUCUGGAGAUCAUCUAUGAUGAGCUGCUUCACAUCAAGGCCUUAUCCCAUCUCUCCAACACUGUGAAGAGGGAGCUGGCCAGUGUUCUGAUAUUUGAGUCCCACGCCACUGCAGGAACCGUGUUGUUUAACCAGGGUGAGGAGGGCACAUCCUGGUACAUCAUCCAGAAGGGCUCUGUCAAUGUGGUCAUCUACGGCAAGGGUGUGGUGUGUACCCUGCACGAGGGAGAUGACUUUGGGAAGCUGGCACUGGUGACAGACUCCGCUCGAGCUGCCUCCAUCGUCCUCAGAGAAGACAACUGUCACUUCCUCCGAGUGGACAAGGAAGACUUCAACAGGAUACUCAGGGACGUGGAGGCGAAUACAGUGCGCCUGAAGGAGCAUGAGCAGGCUGUGCUGGUCCUGGAGAAGAGUCCCAGAGCCUCUACUCUGGGAAACAUCAAGUACACUGUGAUGUCUGGAACCCCUGAGAAGAUCCUAGACCACUUCCUGGAGACCAUGAGGAUGGACACACACCACGCUGACCCAGAUCCUGCGGUAGAUGACUUUGUCCUCAUGCACUGUGUCUUCAUGCCUAACAGCCAGUUCUGCCAGCUGCUCAUGGCACACUACCAUGCGGUGGCUCCCCCGGGUUCGGAGCAGGAGAGGUUGGAGUACGCUGUGACCUCUAAAAGACGAGUCCUCAAUCUGGCCCUGCGCUGGGCGGCAGUACACACACACCAUCUACAGGAGGAGCAAGCAGCACUCACAUUCCUGGAGGAGCUGUAUGGGAGUGUGUCCAGUGACUCACGGAUCCUCAGAGCUCUGAAAGACUUUGUACCCGACUUGGAGAAGGUCGUCAAACUACAUUCAGAAGAGGCCAAAUUGAAAAAGCAGAAGGUCCUUCUUAGAGAGUUCAGCAACGGAGACGAGAGACUAGCAAAGAAACAACCCAUCAGGAACUGUGACGAAAUCCUGUUGAAGGUGUACUGCAGUGACCAUACCUAUACCACUAUCCGGGUUGCCGUGGCAGCCACAGGGAGAGAGGUGACCAGUGCUGUGGCUGACAAACUGGCCUCAAACGAUGACCUACUAUUGGUCCACCUCAGCUCCGCAGGCGAGAAGCAGAUGCUGAAGCCCAAUGAUGUGUCCGUAUUCUCCACUCUGAGCAUCAACGGGCGUAUGUUCGCCUGUCCCAGGGACCAGCUGAAUGCUCUGACCCCUCUCCCAGACCAGGAGGGGCCCUCAGCGGGGUCCAUGUCCAGUUUUGAACUGAUGAGUUCUAAAGACCUGGCCUACCAGAUGACCCUGUAUGACUGGGAACUCUUCAGCUGCGUGCAUGAGCAUGAGCUGUUGUACCAUACGUUUGGCCGUCAGAGCUUCAGGAGAACCACCGCCAACCUGGACCUCUUCUUACGCAGGUUCAACCAGGUGCAGCUGUGGGUUGUGACAGAGGUGUGUCUGUGUGGUCAGCUCAGCAAACGGGUUCAGCUGCUCAAGAAGUUCAUCAAGAUCGCUGCUCACUGCCGGGAGUUUAAGAAUCUGAACUCGUUCUUUGCCAUCAUCAUGGGUAUGAGCAACCCUGCAGUCAGCCGACUCACUCAGACCUGGGAGAAACUCCCCAGCAAGUUCAAGAAGUUCUACGCUGAAUUUGAAAGCAUGAUGGACCCGUCCAGGAACCACCGGGCCUACCGGCUGACCGUCACCAAAAUCGAGCCGCCAAUCAUCCCCUUCAUGCCCCUCCUCCUCAAAGACAUGACUUUCAGUCACGAGGGCAACAAGACAUUCAUAGACAACAUGGUCAACUUUGAGAAGAUACGGAUGAUAGCAAACACCAUCCGGGCAGUGAGACACUGCAGGAGUCAGUCGUUCAACCCUGAGGUGUGUCAGCCCAAUAAGAACCAUGCGGAGGUGAGGGGUUAUGUCAGAAAGCUGUGUGUGAUUGACAACCAGCGGACCCUGACAACGCUCUCCUAUAGGCUGGAGCCCCGCAGGACCUGAGCCCGCCCACCAUCACGGUAGUUACAUGUAGAGAUCACAGGUAACCUUCAUCACUGUGAUAUGGCUUCAUCGGGCUGCUAUGACUUCAUCUGGAAAACUCAGACCUCUGACAUCACAUUGGAAUUCUUAGCCCUCUAUGACAUCACACAGAACCAUCAGCCUUUGCGACAUCACAUAGAAGAGCAAUGAUUAGAGAUCCGAGACUCUUAUUAAGUGUAAGGUUACUGUACAUCUAGAUAGAAAACUGCAAGUACUUAAAGUGACUGAAAAAAAAUCUGAUUUAAAAAUGAACAACUAUAGAUUUGAGGUCUUUUUUAGUGAUUAUCAGUAUCCCUUGCUGAUAAUGUGAAAGCAGAUGUGAAAAAUAUGAAGAAAGUAUAUUGUACCAGUUUCACAAAUACCAAGAUAUUUUACAUAGUGUUAUAGAGAAGCAAAACCCCUAGCAUUGUUAAGCAUCGUUCUGAAAUCUGUCCUCAAAUUCUUGCGUUAAAGCACAACUCAUGUAGCAUAUUGUUAUUUCUGUUUAAUCAGUCAUCCUUCUCAGUUGUGUUCUCGUCAUGUACUUUUGCAUAUGUAGAUACAGUAUAUUUGACUUGUGUCUCUUGUUUUACCUCAGGACCUCAUUAUGAUGUCAGUGUGUUGAGUGUCUAGUCUGUCUGAUCUUUAAAUAAACAAUUAUCUAAUAUAAUAAUCAAAACAUUUGAUACUGGCGGUGGUUAUUGCUGAUUUGGUCACUGUUUUUGUCCGUGAAAGUGAUGUCACCCUCUCUGUCCCCAGUUGAUGAUGUCGUUCCUGGUUGGCCGUGUCACCAUGGUCAUUCCAGACUGGUGAUGUGACUGUCCCCCUCAUUCCUGGUGUAUGUGGUGGGAGUGUGUUUUUAGUUGCUGAGUGAGUAAGAGAUAGGGUU